CCGCAAACCCGGCUUUUCGCGCUCUGUCAAGAUGCGUUGCGCACUUUCCAACUUGCACAUGCUGCAUUCAUCCGUCCUCGCGCUGUGGCUCACGGCUCUCCAGGGACUCAGACCUGCAGAUGCGGCCCCCAAUCCUUCUCCACUGCUGGGCUCCAACUGGGGGAACCCGCGGAGGUACAUCCACCUUCAGACCACUUCAGACUUAAACAACUACUACCUGGAGAUCAGCCCGAAUGGACACGUGCGCAAAACUACAAACCGGGGCUCAUACAGUGUAAUCUUAUUGAAAACAGAAAGCAGAGACCGUCUGGCGAUAUUUGGAGUGAAAAGUAGCCGAUUUUUGUGCAUGGAUACAGGAGGAACCCUUUUCACAUCUACGAUCUGCAAUAAGGAAGACUGUCUUUUCCACCACAAACUUCUGGAAAACCAUCGUGAUGUGUAUUACUCCACUAAACACAGCAUACUGCUUAAUCUGGACGGGGCCAAACAGGCGUUUAUAGCGGGACAAAACCUCCCUCAGUCGUCUCUCUUCUUGUCAGAGAAGAACACGGUUCCGUUGGAACGCCUGCAGCACCGGGAGCGCAGGAACCGGCAGGUGAACCCGACAGACCCGCUGAACGCGCUCCGGUACGCGGAGGAGUCUGAUUCUAGAGCCGCGCAGGAGGACGAUGGAGAUCUGGAUUUUGAGCCUUCAGAGGGUCAAAACAUCUCUAGAGAAACCCUAGUUUCCCCUUCCGAUGAUGACCCUUGGGAUCUUCUGCACGACACGAGCCCUGGCAGUCCUCGGAUUGCAGCAAUUGUCGGAUAAAUCCGCCAAAUGUGACUCUGGACGCGCCGCUGCUUUGCGCAAAGUUAGUUGUGUGGCACCAUAAUAUCUUCAUCAUUAAUAAAUGUUUUUUAUAUUGAAAAUCAAUGUCGCGUGUGUAGAUCUGCAGAUUCUUUAGGCUGUAAAAUGAAAAAUGCUUCAUUGGAUUUACAAUUUUUUUAAGGUAAGUGGUUGCAAACUAUUUAU